UGACGUCAAAAGGCUGCACCGUGCUCCUGCGUUUGUUGUGAUUCUGCUGCAGAAAGGUUCACGUUUUAAAUUGUUUGAGCAUUUUGGAGUUUAAUUAAAUCGAUGCAAACUGUUUUUAUCGUUUUUACAAGCAAUGAUAAAUGUUGUAACGUUACAUUCAAUAACAAGUAAUUUAUUUAACUAACAUAUAUAAACGUUAUUUCUUUGAACAAAGCUCAUACACGCGUGGAAAGCAGAAAACUCUCUCACUCUAACUAUGUAAAUGGUGAAUCAGUUUACCUUAAACACGAAUGUAGGCACUGGCAAGUACUGAUGGAGAAACGGAGCUUUAACAAACUCCGAGUCAACUGAACCAAUUGCUUCUCAAAAUGAUUCACUGGUUUGAAGCGCUCGAAUCACUGCACGCCAUAGAAGAGAAAAACUCCUGGUGAAGUUACUGAGAGCCACGUGACACUAUUAUAAAGAUGGCAUUUAUUAAAGAGGAGAGUGAAGACGUGAAGAUUGAAGAAGCAUUCAGAGUCAAACAAGAAGAUACUGAUGAACAAACAGACCUGAUGUUGCUGAAAGAGGAGAGUCAAGAACUGAGUGAAAUGGAAGAAAAAGAUAAGAAAAAUCUUGAUUUCAUGACUGGAGAAAAAUCCAUGCAGGCUAAAAAGACCUCACGAAAAAGAGUUCGGAAGACCAAAUCUAAAUCUAACUACACCUGCCGUCAGUGUGGAAAGAGUUUCAAUCAAAAAAAUAAUCUUGAAGUCCACAUGAGAGUCCACACUGGAGAGAAACCUUUCAGCUGUCAACAGUGUGGAAAAAGUUUCACUCAAAAACAAAACCUUAAAGUCCAUACAAGAAUUCACACUGGAGAGAGCUCUUUCACCUGCCAAGAGUGUGGAAGCAGUUUCACUCAAAAAAUAAACCUUAAAGUCCAUAUGAGAAUUCACACUGGAGAAAAGCCUUACACGUGCAAACUGUGUGGACAGAAUUUUACACACAAAAACAACCUUAAUUCUCACAUGAUAAGUCACACUGGAGAGAAGCUGUUCACAUGUGAUCAGUGUGGAAAGAGUUUCACACGCAAGGUAACCCUUAAUUACCACUUGAGGAUUCAUUCAAGAGAGGACUCUUUUACAUGUCAUCAAUGUGAGAAAAAUUUCUGUCAUAAAUUAAGCCUCAAGAAUCACAUGAGAAUCCACACUGGAGAAAAGCCUUAUUCAUGCCCUCAGUGUGGAAGGAGUUUUACAUAUAAACCAUCCCUUGAUUCCCACAUGAGAACACACACUGGAGAGACCCCUUACACCUGCAAAUAUUGUGGGAAGAAGUUCUCACAAAAAGGAAACCUUCAGACUCACAUAAGGCUUCACACUGGAGAGAAGCCUUUCUCAUGUCUUCAAUGUGAAAAGAGUUUUACAUAUCAAAGAGACCUUAAACAACAUUUGCAAACUCAUUCUGGCAAGAUAUUACAUUGUUCCUCAGUGUAGUAAGAGUUUUAGAAAAAGUAAUAAUUAAAAAAAUCACAUGUGCUUUUAAUCUGAAUGAUUUAAUUGUAAUGAUUGUAAAAAAGAUAAAUAAAAAAUUCACAAAUAAAUAAAUACGUCAUGCA